AUGGCCCCUCCUCAAUCCUUUGUUCUCUCCCGCUCGAGUCUGUUGUUCAAGCAACCAUCCACACUUGGCCACAAGUGGGUGCGUGAUGACAUCCCGAACCAAGAGUUCGCUCGAGUGUGGGGCUAUUGCAUCGACGAUCAAGUGGGCGCAGAGCUCAACGUCCAGGACUUACGCCAGUCACGGUAG